GUGAGCUCCCCACGGUCACGCCUAAGUCUGGAAUUAAUAAAGAAAUCACCAUAUUAGACCGAAUUUAAUGAAUUAUAAUUGAAGUUCAAAAUAUUUGCAUACAAGUUGCAAGAAUGAAACAAUUGCCCUAAACGGGUGUUGUUUUUUUAAAUUUUAUCUAGGAUGUUUGUGAGUCUAUUACGUGCGCUUGAUUAAAAUAUAAAAAAUAUAUAAACACGCUUUAAUAAAAUAUGUUGGGUUUAGUAAUCUGGUGAAAUGAUGAAUGUUUAAACAUGUUGCCUGUUUUGGAGAAAUCCGAAGAAAAAUCACGCAGAGCAGUCGUGAUGUUAUUUAACCUCCAAAAAGUGGAAGAAACCACUGAAUUUAAUACAUUUUGUGCUCUGCUCUGCAAUCAUGCAUAACUGUUUGAGAGAUGAGAUAGUAAUUAAACGUGUAAGUAGUGUAGUAUAGACGAUAAGAUAGGUGGUAUAUAGAUCGGCAAUUUCCGUUCAAUAUUUGAAAACAAUGCACUCGUAUACCGAAGAAAACGAAAAUACAUAAUCACACGGGAAUGUCGAUUGUCAUUAAGAGGUACCAUUUCCUUAAUUUUCGAUGUAAACAUUGUAAAACUGUUAUGAUAAAUGUACCACGUGGUCAUUCGUUAAAACUGAAAAGGAAGUAAAUUGAUAUUGUCAAUAGUCAGGCUUAAAUACCUAGUUACAAUGUUUACAUAGUUGCGCUUAGCCUUAGAGAAUCAACGAUGAGAAAGUAAAUAUGGUUACUAAAAGAGACGAUAUGUGUAUAAGCAAUGGAUGUCACUUAAUUUGCAAAAUCUGAAGUACUCCGAUCAAACAUAAUGUUAUUUCUGCUUAUUAAGUAAAAUACUAGAAUCACAAUGGCAUGUGGAAAAGGGGGAAAAGGUGCUGAUGGGUUAAAAAAGAUCGAUUCACUACUUGAUGCUCUUGUGAAGUACAUAAAGAAACAGCCGACGACAGCAGGAAUAAACAAACUGUCCUCGAAAGUAAAGAAAGAGAUCCAAAGGGAAAUAGUGCGUGCCGAGGAACGUAAAGUAGUAGUAAGACAACUGCAAGAAGAUAAAGUGAAAUACAAGGAGCAGAUUGAAAACUACACAAAGGUACACAUGAAAGAAAGACAUGAUAUGGAAGAAGCAUUAAAGGAUGUUACUUAUGACAUUGAACUGAUUAAGCCUAUUACGUACGCAUUGCAUCAAUGUAUAACAGGCUAUGGUCAGCUAAGGCAAUACAUCGAAGACCAAAUAAUAAAAGAUGCGGACCGGAUGAAUAAUCUACAGGAAAACAUUGACGAAACUAUAACGUUACAAAAGAUGAACAUUCAGCAUCUUGAGAGAGAGUUGGAGAGCCGUGACUUAAACAUGAAACGUCUAAAGGAAAAUUUAAUGACUACACAACAACAUUAUGACAGUAAGAUGAUUGAAAUAAGCUAUAGAAAUAAAGUGCUAAAUGAUUCUGUGAAAGAAAAAGAUAGCCAAUUAUCUGAACUGAGUAAAAAUUUGCAUCAGAUGAAAGCAACACUUCAGCAUCUAGAGAGAGAAAUCGAGGGUCGUGGUAUGAAAAUCAAAGCUUUGGAGGAUAUUAAUCUUUCUUUGAAAACACUGCAUGAAACAGAGACUAAAUAUAGCGGAAUUGUAAAUUCACUGCAGAGAAAAAAUCAAAGCCUUGAGAGAGAUCUUGAGAACAGCGAUCGAAAUGUCAAAAAUCUACAAGAAGAGUUACACUGUUUAAAGACUGAAAUAUAUGGGAAAAAAGGACUUUUGGUGACGGAGGUUAGGGAAACAAAUAAGCGGUUAUCUGAACAGAAAGAUACCAUUGUACAUUUAGAAAACAAGCUUAAGGAUAAAGAUAUCCAAUUACUAAAAACGUCUGAACAACUGAAACUUACCUGGAAUAGAUUGCAAACAACAAAGACUGAAUGCGGUGGAAUUAUAACGUCACUAAAGAAGAAAAAUCAGUGUAUUGAAGUAGAUAUUGAAAAUCGUGAUCUAAAAAUUAAAGAUCUACAGAAAAGGUUAGACAGUAUCAGAAAGGAAAUGACCAGUGAAAAUGAGAUUCUUAGAAAGAAAAUGAAAACACAAGAGAAGCAAUUGUCAAAGCAGAGGGAUGAGCUGCAGCAAGCCUCAAAUCAAUUAUACGAUAAUGAGACCGAUGAGAGCAUAACUAUCAACACGCUUAAGCAAGAACGUCAAGAAAAAGAAAAUCAUAUUUCUGAGCUGAGUGAACAACUGAAACAAGCUGUGAAAACAGUGGAUGACAAAGACGCUGAAGUGAGACAAAUUGACAUUUCUCUGAAGGAAAAACUUAGAUAUAUUCAGGCAGAGGGGGAACGCGUUAGACAUCUGGAAGAACUGUUAAACAGAAAAAUGGUCGAAAUAAGUCAAAUAAAUGACAAAAAUUUUUUAAGUAAAAAAGUGAAGGAAAAAGAAAGUCAGUUACAUAAACAGCGUGAUCAACUUGACCGCAAUUUGGAAAGACUGCGAGAAACUGAGCCUGAAUCGGAUGAAAUUAAAACAUCACUGGAACGAAAAAUUCAGAAUCUUGUAACAGAUAUUGAACGCCGUGAUCUCCAUGUUAAGGACCUUGAGGAGAAGUUAGACAGUUUGAGGACUGAAUUGAGUGGUGAAAAUGAACGUCUUGAACAGAAACUGAUUGCAAAAGAUAAGCAGUUAUCUGUACUAAAUGGCGAUUUGGAAGAAACUAUGAUUCAAGCAAACAAGACUGCAAAGGAGAAAGAUCACCAGAUAUCUAAACUAAGAGAGCAACAGCAAUACACUUUGAAAACAUUGCAAAACAGAGAGACAGAAUCUAAUGAAAUUAUUAAAUCACUGGAGAGAAAGGUGGAACUCCGUAAUCAGAAGAUUAAACAACACAAGGAAACAUUAAAAAGUACAUAUUUCACAAUGACACAAAUUAGUGAUAGAAAUAAAUUUCUAGAAAUUAGAAUUAAGGAAAAAGAUGAGCAUAGUGAUCAACGGGAUAGCACUUUGGAAAGACUGCACAAAAGGGAAACUGAAUUGUUAGGAAAUGUCACUGCAUUAAAGAAGAAAAACCUAGACCUUGAGUCAUAUAUUGAGAAUAGUGACCUGAAAGUAAAAGAUCUUGAGAAUAGGUUUAACAGCAUGAGGACUGAACUAAAAGGCGAAAAUGAGCUUCUUAUUAAGAAACUAGAAGAAAAAGAUAUGGAUCAUGGGGAACACCUACAACAAGCUAACAAUCUGUUAAUCAAAAGAGAGAUCGAAUUGAAUGACAUUAUCACCUCUUUAAAGAAACAAAACCAGGAAGAGGAAUAUCGGAAAUCUGAACUGGAAGAUCAGCUGAAACAAACUUUGAAAAAGUUGGAUGACAAAGAAGUUGAUAUGACAGAAAUUGACACUUCACUGAAUAGGAAACUAAAGUUUCUUGAGGCAGAGGUGGAUAGCCGUGAGCGGAAUGUAAGACAUCUAGAGGAACUGUUAAACGAUAGGAAGAUUGAAGUGACUAAAGUGACUGAAAGUAAUGAACGUCUAGAAAAAAUGUUGAAAGAAAUGGAUGACCGGUUACGUGAACAGAACAAACAGCUGCGAAAGAAGACUCAGCAUCUUCAGAGUGAGGUUGAACACCGUGAUCGUAAAGUGAACGAUCUGGAGAAAAUGUUACACAGUAAAGAGGUUGAAAACAGGGAAAAUGAACAAGAAAAAGGUCUAAGGGGAAAAGACGAGAAGACGUCCGAGCUGAAAGAACUGUUGGAACAGACUUCGAGAAAAUUACACGAUACAGAGAUUGAACUAGAUGAAACUAAAACAAGGCUCAGUAAAGCUAUGGGAGACAGACUGACUGAUAAUAACCCUAACAUUACCGACCUAAGCGAUAGGAAUCGCCCUACAAAACUCGCUGAAAGAUGUGCUGAGUUGUAUGACAAUCAAUGGACGGAUGCGUUUGACAUUCUCAACAAAUGCUUCGAUACAGAGGAAAAUGUUAUAGAAGCCCUUCUAUGGAUAUUGCAGGAUGUCAUGACUUUCUGCGAAACAAAGGCGCACAGACAGAUGGAGGAGUUAGGACGUGAACUGAUAUUUGCUGACAAACAUGAGAGUGGAGAUAUUUUAGCCGAUGUGCGUAAACUCUUUAAAGAUUGCAGGAAGACAGUGGCACCUGUUGCUGUAGGAAACCUAUAUAAGGUGUAUAUGUUUCAUCUAAGAAAAUCUACCGACGAAACAUUAAGAACAGCUUUAGAAGUCAGCUCAUAUACAUCAGAAUGUCUUGAAAUCUGCUGGUUUAUGGUGAUCCAAGAUCCACCUGUUGCAUUUGCACCGUUGCUCAGGAAAGGUUCGAGCUUUAACACCGACUUGUACAAACCCUAUACAAGCAGUGGCACACACAUCGAAUAUGUAGUGUGGCCUGCUUUGCUAUUACACGAGGGUGGUCCAAUUCUGGCGAAGGGCGUAGCUCAAGGCCACGGUAAGAAAUCUAAAAAGAGUACAUUCUUAAUAUGGUCUAAACAUCUACUUCUGUAUGACUGGAUGACAAUGGCGUACAUACAAGACGAAGAUGGAUUAGAAAUGCUUGGCACAUCAGUUUCGGUAGCUGCACUUCUGACUUAUUUAAAGAAGCACCCCACGAAAUGCUUCAGAGAUAGUCAUGUAGAUGUAUUGUCUUCUAAAGUAAGGGAAGAGAUCUUAAAGGAUAAAUCACAUGUAAGACAUUUAGAAGAUGAAAAUGAGUCAAUGCAUAAAUAUCUGGAACAAAUGGACAACGAUCGAGAAUGUUAUCUCGCGGAAAACCAUGAUUUGAUAGAAGAAUUAGAGAAAUGCAGAGGUUUCAAAGAGAUAGCAUUGAAUCAUGUAAUGUUAUAUAAGAAAUGGAAAGAAGACUUUGAACAAGAAACUAUCAGCCAAAUGAAAACAACUAAAGAAAUCAUGACGUCACAAGAAAGGAAGAUCCAGUCUCUUUUGGAAAGGAUAGAAAUAGAUGACCAGAAAAUAAAACAUCUUGAGAGGGAGAAAAUCAAAAUAAGGGACAAAAAUGAACAGACAAUAUUGAAGAUAAAAGAAGAUCAGAGAAAAUUGCAUGAAAUGAGAUUUCUAUUGGAACUAAAAGAAAUGCAAAAAGAAAGAGAGAAUAUGCACCAUAGUUUGACAAAAGCACAUGAAGAAGAGAAGAAAAUGGAUGAAAUUUGCAGUUCACUUAAGAACCAAGUUCUGCAUCUGGAGCAAGAAUUAGGUCACCGUAAUCAGAGAGUCAAACAGUUAGAGAAUUCGCUAGAGACCAAUAAACAGUUAGCAGCCAGGUUAAAGACGGAAAAGGAUGAUCAGAUAUCAGACUUGAGGGAUCGUUUGCAACAGACAUUGAAAACGUUGCAUGACAAAGAUGUUGAAAUGAGAGAUCCUGACACUUCAUUGAAGAAGAAAAUAAAGCAGCAGAUAGAAUGCCGUGAUCGAAAUGAUCGACAUCAAGAAGAAAUUUUAAGCAAUGAAAAAACAGAAUAUGCUCAAAUGUGCGAUAGAAUUAUAUUUCUUGAAAACAAAGUGAAGGAGAAAGAUGAGCAUUUGCGGACACAGGAUGAUCAACUUAAAAUGCAAAACGAAAAAGAAAUGGGUCUGGAUUGUAUUAUAACAUCUCUUAAGAAGAUAAAUCGUAGCCACGAGACAGAUCUUCAGCGUCGUAAUCUUCAGAUCAAAGAUCUUAAGGAACAGAUAGACAGUUUAAUGAUUGAAAUAAAUAGUGAAAAUAAACGUUGUACGCAAAAACUGCAAGAAAAAGAUAAGCAAUUAUCUGAUCUGAAAAAUCAGUUGCAACAAUCGUUGAAUAGAAAUUUUGAAAAAGAAACAGAACAGAAUAGAAUAAUCAACUCAAUAAAAAAUGAAAAUCAGUGUCUUGUUGAACAGUUUGAGAGUAGUGGUCUGAAAGAACACAAUUUGCAGACAAUAUUACAUUGUAGAAAACAUGAAAUAAGUGAUAUGAAUAAACAAUUAACGAACAAAGUGGCACAUGAAAAAGAUGACCAAUUGAUUAAAAUGAGUUACCAGCUAAAAAAUACCUUAAAAGUCAAAGAUGCUGAAUGGAAUGGAAUGGUUUCAUCUUUGAACACAAAACUCGAGAAUCUUGAGUCAGAGAUGGAACAUCUCAAGCAAAAUGUGAGACGUCUAGAAGAAAUGUUAAACAGUACAAAGAUCAAACUGCGUCAUGCGAAUGACAGAAAUGAAUUUUUAGAAGCUGAAAUGAAGGGAAAAGAUGGUCAGUUAAGUGAACGGAGUGAUCAACUGGAUCGCACUUUAAAAAUGUUGCAAGACACGGAGACUGAAUUGAAUGGAAUUAUAAUGACACCAAAAAAUAAUAAACUGGACCUUGAGACAAAAGUUGAACAUAGUGAUAUGAAAGUAAAAGAUCUAGAGAAGCAGAUGAAUACUAUGAAAACUGAAAUUACCAGUGAAACAGAACUUCUUACAAAGAAAGCAGAGGAAAAGUAUAGCAAAUUAUCCGAUCAGUUGACACAAGGUAGGAAUCAACUGCAAGAUAAAGAGGCCGAAUUAGGAGGAAUUAUUACUUCACUUCAGAAGAAAAAUGAGUAUCUUGAGGCAGAGAUAAAGCGCUUAAAUCUAGAACUGACCAGUGCAGAAAAAACAGUGAAUAGUAAAAGUGUAGAAAUAAGAAAUGAAUGUGAGCGAAUUGCAGCUAGAAGAACUAAAGAAAAAGAUACUCAAAUAACUGAUCUGAAAGAUGAAUUGCAACAAACUUUGAAAAGGUUUGAAUGUAAAGAGUCUGAAAAAGAAACAAUUGACACUUCGCUGAAGAAGAAAGUUAAGAAUCUAGAGUCAGAGGUAGAACAGCAGAAGCGACAUAAUAGACAUCUAGAGGAUGUGGUGAACAGUAAAGAGGUAGAAAUAAGUCGACUGAGGGAUAGAAAUGAACUUUUAGAAAACAUACUGCAGGAAAAGGAUAACCAGUUAAGUGACCAGGAUGAUAAACUGAACCAUAAUUUGAAAAGGCUGCAAGAAAAAGAUACCGAACUGGAAGGAAUUUUUUCUGCACUGAAGGAAAGGAAUCAAGGUCUCGAGACAGAUAUUGAGCGCCGUGAUUUGAAAGUAAAAGAUCUAGAAGAAAAUUUACACAGUAUGAAAGUAGAGAUUUCUAGUGAACGUGAUAGUCAUGAAAGAGAGAUGAUGGAAAAAUGUAAGCAAAUGGCUAUACUGAGGGAACAGCUGCAACAAGCAUUAAAUCAAGUUAAAGAAAAGGAAACUGAAUCGAGUGACAUAAACAACCUACUAAAGAAGCAAAGCAUGGAGAAAGAUGCUCAGAUAUCUCACUUGAAAGAUCAGCAGCAAGAAACUUUGAAAAUGAUGGAAGAGAAAGAGGCUCAGUUUGGAGAAAUUCACAUUUCACUAAAGAAGAAGCUUAAUGAACUUGAGGGAGAAGUAAAGCACAGAGACCAGAAGAUUAGACAUCAAACGGAUAUGCUGAAUAGUAAAAAGGAUGAAAUGAGACAUAUAAUUGACACAAACGCAUCGCUAGAAAGCAACAUGACAGAAAAAGAUAACAAGUUACUUGAACAGAGUGAUCAACUGAAUCGAACCUCGAAGAAGCUGCGAGAAACAGAGGCUGAAUUAGGUGGGAUAAUAUCUUCACUAAAGAAGAAAAGCAUUGAUCUUGAGACAGCUGUUAAGCAGCGUGAUCUUAAAAUUAAUGUUCUGAAGGAACAGCUGGAAAAUUUAAAGAGUGAACAAAUAGGUAGAAAUGAACUUCUUUUGAAGGAAUUGAAGGACAAAGAUAAACAGUUGUCUGAACAGGUGAAUCAAUUGCAACAAGCUUUGGAUCAAUUAUGUAAAAAGGAGGCUAAAUUGAAUGGCGUUAUCACCUCGCUGAACAAACAGAAUAAGGAAAAGGAUAAUCAGAUAUCUGAACUUACUGAUCAGAAACAACAUAUUUUGAAGCAGUUGAAUGACAAGAAAGCUGAACAGGAAAGAAUUGAUACUUUUUGGGAGAAGAAAUUUAAAUCUCUUGAAACAGAGGCGGAAUUCCGUGAGCAAAAUCUUAAACAUCUAGAGGAAAUAUUAAACAGUAAAAGGAUCGAAAUAGCUGAAAUAAAUAAUCAAAAUGACCUCCUAGAAAACACCGUGAAGGAAAAAGAUCACCAAUUACGUGAACAGAGAGAACAGUUGCAACAGAAAAGUCGGCAACUGCAGAGAGAGGUAGAGCACCGUGAUAGUGAAAUUUUACAUAGUCAAAGUAAUGAAAAGAGGGAAAGUGGAUAUAGGAGAGAUGUAAGAGACAAAGAGAAAGUAGUCGAAUUGAAUAAUCAGUUGCAAAUGACUUUAAAAAAAUUGCAAGAUACAGAGAUUGAACUUGACGAAACUAAAACAAGGCUCAGUAAAGCUAUGGGAGACAGACUUACUGAUAACAACCCUAACAUUACCGACCUAAGCGACAGGAAUCGUCCAACAAAACUUGCCGAAAGAUGUGCUGAGUUGUAUGAUAAUCAAUGGACUGACGCGUUUGACAUUCUCGACAAAUACUUUGAUACGGAGGAGCAUGUUAUAGGAGCCCUCCUACAAAUUAUGCAGGAUUCCAUGACGUUCUGUGUAACAAAGGCACGUGAACAAAUGGAGAAAUUAGGACGUGAACUGAAAUUUGCAGACCAAUAUGGAAAUGGAGAUGUGUCAGCUGAUGUGCGUAAACUCUUUAAAGAUUGCAGGAGGGCGGUUGCAUCUGUUGCCGUUGGAAACCUAUAUACGAUGUAUGUGUCACAUCUUAGGCGAUCAGCCGAUAAAACAUUAAGAACAGCUUUAGAAGUCAGCCCAUAUACAUCAGAAUGUCUUGAAAUAUGCUGGUUUAUGGUGAUCCAAGACCCACCUGUUGCGUUUGCGCCUUUGCUCAGGAAAGGUUCAGGCUUUAACACCGACCUGUACAAACCCUACACAAGCAGCGGCACACUCGUUGACUACGUUGUAUGGCCUCCUCUGCUUUUACACGAAGGAGGUCCUAUUCUGGCGAAAGGUGUAGCUCAGGGAUGUGGCAAGAAAUCAGAACGGAGUACAUAAUGAAAUAAUAAUGUUAAUCUCGAUGUAAUUUGUGUAUAUGACGUGUAAAAUACUCAAAAUUAUAAACUAUAAAUCACUAAUAUCUAAGUAUUCAAGAUUUAUUGUGUGAUACUCUUUUCGUCUACAUUUUUCAAACCCACACACAGUCAAACACAACUCGGAAAAAUAUCAGAAUAUACGUAUUUAUCCUUUCAUUUGUCCUGCACUCUUUGUGACGCAGCCUUUUUUUCGACUUGGAUAUUUCGCAGAUUUUUGUGUGUCGUGUCACGUUUUGGAAUCAUUUACAAAUCAUUUUGAUUCAUAUCACUGGUGUGCAUCAUCCUUUUCAUAUUAGAAAGCGAGGUAGGUACGCUGUAAAAAUGGCAAUUAAGACUUUGAGUGCUAUAAUUUAAUCAUUUCAUAAGGAGUGUCUAACCUGUGUAUAAUUAUUUCGUCGAUCACUUUCGAGAAUCCCCAAUUACAUGAUUGGAUGGAUCAAUCACAUUUGAAUCUCACAGAACUUAUCGACAGCUUGGGAAUUUGUUUUUGCAACAGUACCAAGCAAAAUGAUUAUUCUGAAUAUUUGUAAGGACUGAUGCUGUACAUAUGCAAAUUAUUUAAGAACUGUGCAUAUUACUUUUUACCUUUGAUGGCGUGUUUGUCAGACUGUUGGAAAAGUCUGCGGACAUAAACGUAUUAUCUUUAUGUACACUCUUUCUUGUUUUUGUAAAUACAAAAAUGUACAUCACAUUGCAUACUUUAUUGUGAAAAUUGCUUAAUAUUCUAACAGUCAAACGUUUCACUCCAGUUUUAGACAUAAUUUAACAUACCGCAACGAUUCAGUUGCCUUGAAAUUACAUGACUAAGUCAUAGUUAAUUUUGUUGUUGUUUUUUAUGAUCACGGUGUAUUCAUUUAAUAGUUAUUACACAUCCAAAUUAUUUUGUUUUAAAUUUCGUGGAAAGGGAGGUAAUUUAAAAAUAUGAUAAAUUUGGUUUGAAUAUCGAUAUUCUACUAAUGCUAGGUUUUUUCUUAACACAUUUUAUGGCUAUUAUUUUUUGUUUUUUUGGAUGUUAUAAUAGUUUAUAAAGUAGUGUUUACGAAUUACAGAUGUCAGUUAGAAAGACCAUUAACACAUAAUAGCGGCUUCCUGGAUUAAGAAAUAGUAUAUAUAUUUUAAUCAAAAUAUAAAUCACCGUAACAUACGGUUAGUGAUACUAAUAAUGUAUAAUAGACCUAAUCAUAGUUUCAUUUUACAAUCUGUAAAGUUGUACUUGUAAACAGUGGUUAUGAACAGACAUUAAAGACUCCUAAUGCUUUUGAUCAUAAUGUGGCUGCCAGAUUUUUGUUGUUAACAUGAAAUACAUUAAUUUCUUUUUAAAUCUUAUUUUCGAUAAUUGUUUCCUCAUGUAACUGUCCAAGGUUUGAAUAUGGAUAAACAUUGUAGAAAGUAUUACUCAAUCUAUUGUUUUGAUUACCUUCCUUCAUAGUUCUAACAGUAAACCUUCAUGUACAAUACCAAAAUUAGUGCUUUUCUAGCCAUCUAAGUAUGCAAAACAUCUAUUUUAACAGGUGCUUUGUCUAUUUUUAGCAUAAAAUUUUAAGCCUUAUGGAGCUUUAAUUGUUUACCUGCGCUAUCUUCCAAAAACAUACAAUGUAUAUCAGCUUUUUGUUUUAUAUUUCCUGGUAAUAUACACAGUUCUUUUUAACAUAUUUAUUUUAGCAAGCUUAUGUUGCUGAUAACCCUUUUGUGCUAAUGGUUAUAGAAUCACCUUAUCUUUAGUUAUACUGAAGAAAAUUAAAAAUGCCUCAUCUACACAAGGCAAACGUUUUAUUCUUAUAGCCUGUAUGCAAAUGUUUUAACGUAAAUUUAUAACUAUUUAUUAAAUACGAUGUGUCAUCAAAUGUAAGCCAAAACAAGUUGCGAGCUAAUGCAUUAAUGUGAAUGUAUAAAGGUAGAAGUAAAUGUAGUUAUAUUUUAUUUGAAACUGUCACAACUCUUAUCUCUAACAAGAAAAUAAAACUAUCACGUUUUGUCAUGGUUACUGAUUUGUGAAUGAAUUCGCAUUUUCCCCUAUCUACCUUCACCGAAAAGAAAAACUUCUUUAUUUAUAUGGUUUUAUCGCAUGGGUGUUUUCAAGAAAUGUAUCAUAUUAAACAUAAUUCAAGUUCACAGAAUAAAUUAGUUUUGAAUACAGUA